AUGCUGACGCCUAAUGUCGACGACUACAAAUUGAUCGCAAAAUUGGGUAGUCUUAAAACAAUAGUCAAUUUAUUGAAAGCAUUAAAUUUCAAAGAGACUGCCACUUGCUUUGCCACAGAGAAUGGAUUAAAGGUAACAGUGGAAGAUGCCAAGUGCAUGCAAGCAAGCGCUUAUAUUCCAGGAGUUAUUUUUGUAGAAUUUAAUUUAAAGGAGGAUGUAAUGUUCAGAAUAAAUUUAAGCAUACUCGUUGAAUGUCUUUGUAUGUUUUGGAGUAAUAUAAAUACAACGGGGAGUAAUGUUGCCUUAGAACUGUUUUAUAAAGGUAUCGGUAAUCCAUUGAGCAUACUCAUAGAAGAAAAUGGCAUUAUAACGGAUUGUUCGUUGAAAACUCAUAAUCCGGAAGAGUUACUAGACUUCCAUCUAGAGCCAGAAAACGUUUUAAAUAAAGUUGUACUGCAAACGGAAUUAUUAAAGGAUAUUUUAUCCGAGCUCGAUCCGACCAGCGAAGUGAUGGAGCUGUUAUUGUCUCCCGAAGCACCAUUCUUUAGAAUAAGUACCAAUGGUUUAGCCGGUAUAUGUCAUAUCGAACUGCCUCACGAUGGAGAACUUGUAGACAAUUUUCAAUGUACUACGGUAGCCACGACCAGUUAUAGAUUGGCACAUAUUAAGCCAGCCAUGAAAGCAUUAUCUUACGCCAAUAAAGUGUCCUUAAGGACCGACGAUUGCGGAUUACUGUGUUUUCAAUACAUGGUGAAAACUGAGGAGGGCCACACGUGUUAUAUCGAAUAUUACAUAUCGCCGGUGAUAGAUAUUAAAUAGAAAAGAAUCAUCGUAAAAUUUCGUAUUUAACGCAAUAAAACAUAAGAAAGGAUAAGAAAAUUUUUGGGGUAAUAUUUUUUAUUGGUAGAAAAAAAAUUCUCUGACGACUUAUAAACAUAUAAUACGUGACGCAGCAAGUAUUUGAGAAACUCGUGCUAAAGACAUUAAAGAAUUGAUAAUGCGCUUAUUUUUAUACCUUUAAAUACAUUCAAAGAUCGCAUAUAUGCUAUCGACAUUUUAUUUCUAUACGAAUUAUAUUUCUUCGAUAUUA